AUGCUCAUCACCCCGCGAACAUACCAGCUCUCCCAGGAAGAUACAGAUCGAUGGAACCGAACCUCCGAUAACGUGCACCUCUCACCUCGAUUUCAUACCUUGCUAGGUUGGCGUGCUGAUAAAGCCGAAGCUAUACAAGCAUAUAAAAUGCUAUUAGUGCAUCAAUCGGGCUAUGUCCGUGUCGGGGAGGUUGUGAGAUACACGUUGACAUAUACACCUUCUCUAGACCAGAUUCUACCAACGCCGACGGAGCUUCAUGUUAAAAUAAAGAAUACUUCUGCGAUUCCGCUUCGAGCCGCGUACCUUCAUGGACCCUACACCCUUUAUACGUCAUGCUAUCCUUCAGACUUUGAUCCCAACCAACAAUACCAUGAUAGCGAGAUAAGAGGGAUUCCUCAGUACGAACCAUACUUAAAGGCCGGCGGGAGCUGGACGGCGAGUAUCCCCGUACCGGAAGAGACGCGACUUACUGUCCCCGGAGCACGACAUGCGAACUACAGCAGCAGCAACGUGGGCUCGGAUAGUGACGAAGAAGCAAGAAGAAGGAGCAUAACAUGGAUUAUCGAGAUUACGUCGCAGGUGAUAUUCUCAUCGUCAGCAGCGGUUCAUUUUGAGCUAUUGGUUGGCCGUGAUCAGAAAUCACUUGAGUUCGGCAUCAACGGCUCACUGUCGUCUUCCGGUAUACCAUCGCCAGCGCACAUCAAUGACCAUCAGAGCUUGCGAUCGGUGGCACAUGGCGAUUCUCCGUUCAUAGUUACUAAAGGCGUCUUUUCUAAGUCGGUCACGUUGGUAUUUGAUGAUCUCAAGAGUCUGUGGAAUCGUCCUGAAUGCUCCGCGUUCAAAGAACGUGAGGAGAUCAAUUCAAAGCUGAUAGCUUCGUCGAAUAAAUCACGCAGUCGACAUCCGAUUCCAGCAGCGGAUCUUUCGCCUCGAUUAGAACAUCAUGCCGGCAGCAACAAGAAGAGGCGUAUCCACCUUGUUAUAUUGACUCAUGGAUUGCAUAGUAAUCUUGGAGCUGAUAUGCUAUAUCUAAAGGAGAGCAUUGAUGCUGCUGCCGAGGAAGCCAAGAAGGCAAAAAAGAAGUCCGGUCUUUCUGACACCAAUUAUACGGGGAGAGGGAGUGAGAUUAGUGGUAAGAAAGAAGAUGAUGAAGAAGUCAUUGUACGAGGGUUUCCGGGUAACGUUACUCGCACAGAACGUGGGAUUCAGUAUCUUGGCAAACGACUCGCCAAAUACGUUCUUCUCAUGACAUACCCCGAUCAGCCAUACCUGCCGGUCAAGCAAAGAAAGCAAAAGAACAAUGCAAUUGCAAGCCCUGAGAUUAGUAUACACAAUGAUCCUUGGGCGGAUCGUCCGUCCGAUUGUCAGGUUACCAGCAUUAGUUUCAUUGGGCACUCGCUCGGGGGACUUAUACAGACGUACGCCAUUGCUUAUAUUCAAAAACACUCGCCUGAAUUCUUUGAGCGGAUCAAACCAAUCAAUUUCGUCGCUCUUGCUACACCGUUCCUUGGACUUAGCAACGAGAAUCCUGUCUACGUUCGGUUCGCGCUGGACCUUGGGUUAGUCGGUAAAACCGGGCAGGAUCUUGGGCUGAGCUGGAUGUCUCCCAAAGUCCGAAGUAGGUGGGAUGCCAUUAUCAGCAAGUUUGCAGGUAAUUCAGGUCCAUCUCAACAACAGCAAGCACCAGCUUCCAAGCCAUUACUACGGAUAUUGCCCGCUGGUCCGGCUCACCAGGUUUUACAGCGCUUCAGAAACCGCACAGUUUACUCGAAUGUGGUGAAUGACGGUAUCGUGCCAUUACGUACUUCGUGCUUACUCUUCCUUGACUGGAGGGGCCUGGAUCGAGUGCAAAAAGCACGAAGAGGGAACGGGCUCGUUGGUACUAUGGCAGAAUGGGGUUGGGCAGAGCUUACGGGAGCAAAUUCAGUUUCGCCGACUACACAUCACCAUCCCCAUCACCAUCGUCGCUCUCAUUCGAACUUGUCUGUGGGUGAUGGGACACAACAUCAAACUGUUGAAGGGAUAUCGACACCCACCUCGCAUGGUCAGGUUAGUCCCGGUCUUCAUCCAACACAAUCCCCAACGCAAGGCCAUCUCUUAGGGGACAGUCCGCUUCAUACGGAACCAGAGCCAAUGUCGCCCGUGAGCACAAGCUCAAAUUCCAGGGAACUCCCUCCACCUUCACCCAAUCCAUUCAAUAACCUGUUUGGAAUGUUCCAAUCCAAACAGUCCAGAAGUUCCUCUUCAAGCAAGAAGAGCACCAAGAUUAUCCGACGCAGCCAGACACUGGCACCUUCCGGCGAGUCCGAGCAUAACAUGAACUCUGUAGAGUCAUACCCUCCAAUUGUAAGGGGAAACUCUCUGUACGACGAUGAAGACCUCAGCGCUCCUCCGCGAACUACCAUUUUUGAAUCUGCGGGCGAUGUUCUCAGACCCCCUUUGCCUCCGACGGAAUUUAUCAUUGACCCAACAUCAAGGCCGCGGACCAUUUUCCAUGAUCGCAUAUAUCACCCGGAGGAUAUACCGCCUCCUGUUCUGAAGAAGAGAGGCACCAUAUUCAGUGGUUCACGUGGCUCCAACAAUGAUACAGAUGUUGAUGUUGACCAGGUGGCUGCUCAAGGGUAUAAAGGAAGCGGAUUGAGGGUGGAAGAGAAGAUUGCCAGAGCUUAUCAUCAAGGGCUUUCAUGGCGUAAAGUCCUCGUACGCCUCGAGCCCGACGCACACAACAAUAUCAUUGUCCGACGCAUGUUCGCUAAUGCAUAUGGCUGGCCCGUUAUCAAACAUCUAGUAGACAACCACUUUGGCGACACCUACUCCGCCCGAACAGAAGACGCUCUGGAAUCCAACCGCGAAAGAGCAAAACCUCUUGAUUUCAGAGUGACCGACUCGGGAGAAGAGACGUUUGGUCAAACCAAUACAGAAUCUCCUCAACAAUUACCGUUCCGUCAACAUGCUAGUCUGCCUCCGGACAUUGAUGCGCAGGAACAUGCAUUGGAGACUUCUGAAUAUGAUGGAACAGCAACGAGACCGGCCGAUAAAGGCAGCCCAGCGAGUCGGAAAUCUAAUGAUUCUGCGAAAUGGACUGAUCGGUACUUUUCUGGGGGGGAUUCUGCGUCUGACGCGCAAAGUGAUCAUGAACAGUCGAUAUAAAGUUAGCAACGUGUGUAUAAAUUUUGGCUUGUAUAUAGAUAGAAUGGUUUCAUUGAACUAAGUAUAUAUAAUU